UUUUAAUUGGAUUCAUCACGGGGAGAAGAUCAUGAAACACUCACCUCCCAUAAUUAUCACUUAGUCAACAAAUCGGACCCUCUUGUGGAGAAAAAAAAAGAGGAAAUUGAAAAGAAAAAGCAAGAAAAAUGCAUAAAAGAUUUCCCUUUCAAAUUAUCCGUUACAGAAAAUUUAGCUCUUGCUAUGGAAACCAAAACACUGAGAGGCAAAAAGAUGAAUCCUUGAACCUCUUUCCUCUUCUCUCAUCCUCUUCCUAAUCUAGAGAAUUCAAAUUCGUUGAUCCACUUUCCUUUUUUCAUCCUCUCCCUCUCCCUCUCCCUCUCACCCUCAGAUUCUUUUAUUAGUUCUUGUUUUCCCCUCUUUCUCUCACUCUCCUGCGGUACAAUCCUCUCUGUGUCUUGUCAAGGUCGCUCUUUUUCAUGAUUUGUUGAGCCAAGAAGUUUGGUGUUUGUUUCCCGAGGAAGUAUACGGGAAAAAGGACGGAGCUUGAAUGAAAAGUUUUGAUCUUUGAGGUGGGUUCUUCCAAUAUUGAGAAGAUAAAUGGGUUUUGCGAGUUGGGGGAUGUUGUUUGGGUUCCCCCUACUGGUUUUAACGCUGCCCUUUUCUGUUUCUGGAGAGACUGAUGCUCGUGACGUUAUGGCAAUUAAUGACUUGUAUGUUUCUCUGGGCUCCCCUUCUCUUCCUGGAUGGGUUUCGUUUGGAGGAGACCCAUGUGGUGAGGGGUGGCUGGGCGUGUACUGUGUCUUCUCAAACAUAACAGAGAUAAGACUAAGUGGCAUGAAUUUGGGUGGAAAUUUGAGCGAUAGCCUGGGGGAUUUUGCAUCCAUCUUAACAGUGGAUUUAAGCAAUAAUCACAUCGCAGGAAGUAUCCCAGACAACUUGCCUCCAACUGCAAUUGGCGAAACAUUCUGA